UGCAAGGUGAUUAAAUUUAUUUUUAAUAUAGUCUUUUGUCAAAUUCUAUGUUAAUUUAUAAACUAAAGUUGUUGUUCUAAAAAAACGUCACUCUUUCUGGUUGGGAGGGCAGUGGGGUGGGCAGUGUCUUUUUAGGGGUGGUCGUGGCCACCUGCACACGUGCUGUCAAGACGUGUUGUGGAUGAGAAACAGAGUGCGCAGGGUCUGACUGAAAAGCUUGAGCUGCUUUCGUGCGCUCGCUACUUGUUGACUCAGUGUCUCGGUGAUUGGACAGGCGCGCAGCGCGGAUCAUUUGGACACGCCAGUAACCCGGUGCGACCAUCAGUCGCCAUACCUUCAUCAUUUCAGCUAGUUGUUUGACGAGCAGCGUGACGGAGGAGUCUUGUUGUCUUUUGUUUCGUUAAGGCUGAAAUCAGUUAAAGUACCUCAAAGGCGUCGACUCUUGGUGACACAUCAGGACGCAAGAGAGGAAAGCGAACAGUCACCGUUUGCUGGACCCCUGACCGUGUUGUCCUGACCGGCAUAUCAAGAGGAACACUUAAACUCUGGGACAGCAUGGAGGAAGGGCCGAUAGAAAUGGAGAUGUUGGCGGAAUUGUCUGCGCCUUAUCUGAAUAGCAGCCUCUCGAAUUCUUUCGCAAACAACAGUAACAUCACCAACCUCACCAGGAUAACAUACUACCCAUACUACCAACACUCGCUGCCUGUGGCCACCAGCCUGACCCUGGCCUACCUCUUCAUCUUCCUGCUAUGCAUGGUGGGCAAUGGCCUGGUGUGUCUGAUCGUGCUUGAGAACCGACGUAUGAGAACUGUCACGAACCUCUUUAUCCUUAACCUGGCUGUAAGCGACCUACUGGUGGGGGUUUUCUGUAUUCCGACAACCCUGGUGGACAACCUCAUUACAGGUUGGCCAUUUACGAACACCAUCUGUAAGAUGAGUGGGCUGGUGCAGGGCAUGUCUGUGUCAGCCUCCGUGUUUACACUGGUGGCCAUCGCUGUGGACAGGUUCCGUUGCAUUGUGUACCCCUUCCAACCCAAACUCACCCUGCUGGUUGCCAAGGUGACCAUAGUGAUGAUCUGGCUGCUGGCGCUGGCCAUUAUGUGUCCGUCGGCCGUGACGUUGACAGUUCAGAGAGUGGAGCAUCACUACAUGGUCCACAAUGAUGACUACAACAACACAUACCCUCUUUUCUCCUGUUUUGAAAAUUGGGCCAACCCGCAAAUGAGAAAAGUCUACACCACCGUCCUGUUUGCACACAUUUACCUUGUUCCCCUCACCCUGAUCACGCUCAUGUACGGUCGCAUCGGAAUCAAACUCUACACCACCUCCGUGAUCACGGGGAACGAUCAUCACGAUGCCGGUCAGGCCCACUCCUCUCCUCCCAAUCAAGGACCCCAGCAGGAAGGCCGACCCCUCAUCUCCCAGAAGAAAAUCAAGGUUAUUAAAAUGCUGGGCAUCGUGGCUCUCGUAUUCACGCUGUCCUGGCUGCCGCUGUGGACCCUGAUGCUCCUCACGGAUUAUGGAGGUCUAGAGGAGGACAGGUUGGAAAUACUGACCGGUUACAUUUUUCCGUUCGCUCACUGGUUAGCGUUCUCAAACUCCAGCGUCAACCCUAUCAUUUACGGCUACUACAAUGAAAACUUCAAGAGGGGAUUUCAGGCGGUGUGCAGGACGCAUUCUUGCUGCUGCAAGAUGCCAGCUAAGAGCGGAACGCGACGGAAAGCCAACAAAGGAGAGGCGCGGGAACCCGUGGUGACUUUUGGCACGAGGAACAGAGUGUACACCGAUGGGGACUCUGGAACCCGAUUGGAAAUGGAUCAGAGGAGAGGCCCGCGACUUUGUAACUCUGUCUGCACGAACGACACUGGAUCCAAUGCAGGAUCUGGCAUAAAAGGGGUUGCAAAUCAAAACACUUUUCAGAUGGAGGAAUUGGAGAAAAUAAGUCCAAUCAGACCUGGAAAAAAUCAAGCCUGGGAAAAAUAGAUGGAUUAGUUAUGGUUUUUACAGCAAUGGCUAACUCAGGAUGGGAACUGUUAAAAACCAUAAAGUUGAUGUCAGAAAGGUGAAGUCAGUCCUGCUGUACAUCUUGUACCCAGGAAUCAUCUUUUCAGACAAUUUUGGGGAAAAUAAGGGAAUAAUUCCUCGCUCAGACUCUGAAUGAACUUCUUUUUAUACGCAAGCAAGGCUUGCAAGGCAAUGCAAAUGGCAUAGACCUAUGAAUGUAAAAUCAUGUUUGUUCGAAUAGCAGACUUAUAUCUGUUUUGUGCAGACGCAUUUACAUGUAAAUAAUCCCUUUAUUCGGUACGUAUGCAUUUAAGUUAUGCAUAUUAGUACUGUGAUAACAAAAACUACAAAAUAACCCUUGCCUUCUCUCCUGAACCGCCACAAUUCUGAACAGUUUAAUAAUCUUGUUUAUACCAAAACAAUGUUGAAUGUAUUACACACACUAUAGCUUAUAUAGCCUUAAUAUCCAACAGAUGAAAAACUAAGAUGAUCAACAUUGAUAACACUUUAUUCCCAUCUUAAAUGUAAGAUUUAUGGAUUGCUAAGAGUCGCUUAUUGACGCUUAUCUCAUAAGCCAGACAUCUUUUCUCCGACGAGGCCACAAUCUUCGGAAAUAUCAAAUAGGUGUAUUUAGUAUAUACAGUAUAUUUUCUCCAGACACAAUUUCACAGUUGCAAAUUUGUUUUCCUGAUCUGAGCAUUUGUAUUGGUUGACUUGUGUUUGUGUAUGCGCUUGUGCAUCCUUGCAUACACUAUAUGCAUGCGGUGUGCAUCAAGAUGUAAAAUUGCUUUAUUUCUGGACCGUCACCGUUUAAAAACCCGGUUAACACCAAACAUGCUGAGAUACUGUUGUUUAGUACAACCGUGCUUAGAGGAUUAAGUAAGGAAAAGAUGAUAUGAAUUUUGACUUGUGUGUUUUUACUUCAGUGUAUGUUUGAUGUUAUAUGUGUUUCGGUGAGUCUGACUGUGGUUAAUGUACUGUGGUGGCUUAUUGUGCACUAUAUUUGCUUUACACAUGAUGUUAAGAGCCAUUACUGAGAACAUGAGGUGAGACUAGGUGUUACAUUUCCAGCACGUGUUUGAGAAAGGUCACAUACUGUACCAUUUGGUUAAUAUCGGCAAAGUCCAACAGAGGUCUUGGAAACAGGCAGUCCAGCACUUUCAUGAGACAAUUUCACCUGCAAAUAAAGUACUAUAUGUAAUUACAUUCACAUUUAUGCAUUUUGAAGAUGCUUUUAUCCAACGCAAAUUAUAGUGCAUUUAAUCUAUAAAUAUCUUUUGUUGUUAUGUGUGUUCCCUGGGAUCAAACCUUUGCGUUGCUAAUGUGUCUUUUGUAAUUACAUUACGUAUAUGCAGCUGUCAAUCAACUGCAC